CGGGCUGUGAAUUUUAAACAUUGCUGUAUUGUAUACAUCCCGAGACUGAGACGCAGAUCAUGGGUGUACCAGCAUUUUUCCGCUGGCUGAGUCGCAAAAACCCGUCCAUUCUCGUACAUUGCAUUGAAGAAAAGCCGAGGGAAGUGAAUGGUGUGAAGAUCCCUGUAGACACUAGUCAGCCCAAUCCUAAUGACUAUGAGUUUGAUAACCUCUAUCUGGACAUGAAUGGGAUUAUCCACCCUUGUUGUCACCCUGAGGACAAACCUGCUCCUAAGAAUGAAGAUGAGAUGAUGAUUUUAAUCUUUGAGUACAUAGACAGAAUAUUCUCCAUUGUUCGACCAAGAAAGUUACUCUACAUGGCCAUUGAUGGUGUGGCACCUAGAGCCAAAAUGAAUCAACAGAGAUCCAGACGAUUCCGGGCUUCUAAAGAAUCAAAAGAGAAGAUUGAUGACAUGGCGAGGCUGAGAGAUGAACUUACCAGUAAAGGUUACAAUCUCCCACCAGAGAAAGAGAAGGGAGAGCACUUUGACAGUAACUGUAUCACUCCAGGUACUCCUUUCAUGUUCAGACUGGCAGACUGUCUGCGGUAUUAUAUACAUGAAAGAUUGAAUAAUGACCCUGGCUGGCAAAAUAUCAAGGUCAUUCUAUCAGAUGCCAAUGUUCCAGGAGAGGGGGAGCACAAAAUCAUGGAUUACAUUAGAAAACAAAGAGCUCAACCAGACCAUGACCCCAACACAAAACAUUGUCUCUGUGGAGCUGAUGCGGAUUUGAUCAUGUUGGGACUGGCUACACAUGAACCUCAUUUUACCAUCAUCAGAGAAGAAUUCAAGCCAAAUCAACCCAAACCAUGUGACCUGUGUGGACAACUAGGUCAUGAGAUGAAAGAGUGUCUUGGUUUACCUAAAGAGAUGUGUGGGGAGAAUGAUGAGUUGCCCAAACUAAUGGGAGCAGAACAGGAGUUUAUAUUUAUCAGGUUAAAUAUUUUGCGAGAAUAUUUAGAAAGAGAGCUUUUAAUGGACAACCUACCUUUCAAAUAUGACUUUGAGAGAGCGAUAGAUGACUGGGUCUUCAUGUGUUUCUUUGUUGGUAACGAUUUCUUGCCUCACUUACCCUCCCUGGAAAUUAGGGAAGGAGCCAUAGACAGACUGGUCAAAUUAUAUAAAAGUUGUGUCAGAAGAACAGGGGGAUAUCUAACAAACAGUGGGGUGGUGAAUCUAGAACGAGUCCAAGUGGUCAUGUCAGAUCUUGGAACAGUAGAAGAUGAAAUUUUUAAGCGCAGAAGGGAAACAGACUUGGAGUUUAGGAGAAGGGACAAACAGAAAAAAGAAAGAGAAAAAAGAUUUUCACAGGGUCCUCGAUGGACUCCAGGAGGACAGUUUGCCCCUCAGCCCCUUGGUCACUCCCACAGUGCCCCCUCUGCUGUCAGUAAUCCUAGACAGGAAGUGGCUAGAGGUCGAAUGGAAAGCAUGAGGAACUCGGCAAACAAAAAUGCAGCAGCAGAACUUAAGGCUAUGAUGACAAAAGAUGAUCAGCGUGGUGAGAAAAGAAAGGCAGAGAACCAGUCUAAACCAGAUGAUGAAGAGGAAGAGGACGAGGAACCAGCAGAUGAAGUCAGGUUGUGGGAGGAUGGAUGGAAAGACAGAUACUACAACUCCAAGUUUGGAGUGGACGGUUCAGAUAUAGAAUUCAGACACACAGUGGCAAACCACUAUGUCCGAGGUCUGUGUUGGGUUCUGAGGUAUUAUUACCAGGGCUGUGCCUCCUGGAAAUGGUACUUUCCUUACCACUACGCUCCUUUUGCAUCAGAUUUUGUAAAUGUAGGACAGCUUUCUAACUCCUUUGAGAAACAUACAGUUCCAUUCAGACCACUAGAACAGCUGAUGGGUGUAUUUCCAGCUGCCAGUAAGAAACAUCUCCCAGUCACGUGGCAGAGACUCAUGUGUGAUCCGGAAUCUUCUAUCAUAGAUUUUUAUCCGACUGAUUUUAAAAUUGAUCUCAAUGGGAAAAAAUAUGCAUGGCAGGGAGUAGCACUGCUGCCAUUUGUGGAUGAGAAGAGGUUAUUAUCUGCCCUGGAGACUGUGUAUCCAGACCUCACAGAGGAAGAAAAAGACAGAAAUACCUGGGGCAGUGAUCGACUGUUUGUGGGCAUUAGACAUCCAUCUUAUUCAUUUCUAGAAGGUCUUUAUGAAGGAGAGAAAGUUACAGAGGGAAUACCAAUAGAUCCCAAGAAUGCAGAAGGAAUGGGUGGUCUUGUGUGGUCUGAUAAAAGAGCCACAUUAACAGGAGGAACUGUUGAGUCCCCAUUGAAGGAGCUUGAACCAAUCACUGACAAUAGAGCACUCAGUGUUCACUACAAGGACCCACAGUAUGAUGUGGAUUUCUUAUUUGAGGCUGUGGUUCUCAAGGGUGCUGUGAUGCCAGACAGAGUUCUAAAACCUGAGGACUUUAAUCAGAGAAAUCCAGGUAGAGGGUGGAGACCUCAAAUUGGCAUGUCACGCAACAGUAUGUACCGAGGAAAGGACACGGGCCCAGCUAACCGCAUGAUUAGACAUGGUGUCGGAAAUCAGUACGGUGCUAGGAUACCACCCCCAAGGAACUUUGGACAACAGGGAGGAGGAUACCAACAAAGAGGGGGAUAUGGUGCUUCUGGCAACUAUGGUAACAACUCUGGGUAUGGCAACAACUCUGGCUUUGGCAACAACCCCAGGUUUGGCAACAACUCUGGGUAUGGUUACAGAGGUCAGCAAGGUCAGUCAGGUGGGGGAGGAGGGUAUCAGCAAGGAGGAGGAAGAGGGGGGUACCAGCAAUACAAUCAGCAGAAUCAACAAUAUAACCAAGGUUACCAACAACAACAGCAGAGAGGCUAUGGAGGAGGUGGUGGUUACCAAGGCAAUAGUUACAACAACAGGGGAAAUUCUGGCUACAACAAUAGAGGAAGUUAUAAUAGAGGGGGUUAUCAGCAGCGGUAUUGAAACCAGUGAUUCACCUGCUACAGAUGGGUUAGAACAGCUUGGACUAGAGUUUUAUUUUAAACAACUGAGACAACAUAGACU